CUCCGUUGUUCUUGGCACUAAAACUUGGCGAUCUGCGGAGCGACAGCCGGAAUGACCUCAACAAAGAUUUGGUUCUCCGCCGGCCACAGAGACACGCGAAACGCUCUCUGGUGGACACGCACUCUGAAUUCAAUUGACUUCGCCCUGCCUCACUGUCAAUGGCAAUGGUACAGAGCGCAUAUUGCUUUUUGCUGUGACAUGAUGCUACACAAGCCACAAUGCUUCCCAUCUCUCGUUUGCGAUCACACGCGGUGACCCUCACACGAGGGCACUGGCGCUGCAUCAAUGCCAGCUAUGGAGGAAGAAGUGCCAACACCCUACGUUUCCUAAAAUUAGAUACAUAUUCAUUCGCACGACUUGCGUCGACCUCAUCAACCUCGCUUUCGCGAAAACUGGACCUUCUCGCCAUCGAUAAAAAGUGGCAGGAAAGAUGGCAAUCGGAAUCAAAGGCAGAACCCACAGCGACGUCGGGCAAAGAAGAGAAGCCGAAAUCAUACAUUCUCUCGAUGUUUCCCUACCCGUCCGGUACUCUACACAUGGGCCAUCUGCGCGUCUACACGAUCUCGGAUGUCUUGUCGCGAUUCUACCGCAUGCGCGGCCGGGAUGUUCUGCAUCCCAUGGGUUGGGAUGCUUUCGGGCUACCUGCGGAGAAUGCAGCUAUCGAGCGAGGAAUCGACCCCGCGGAAUGGACGAAGGACAAUAUUGCGAAGAUGAAGGAGCAAUUGAUGAGUAUUUCGGCGAAUUUCGAUUGGGAUAGGGAGCUCAUGACAUGCUCUCCGGAGUUUUACAAACAUACCCAGCGGAUAUUCCUGAUGCUCUACGAAAAGGGACUUGCAUAUCAAGCGGAGGCAUUGGUCAACUACGAUCCCAUCGACAAGACAGUCCUUGCAAAUGAACAGGUCGAUGCAAAUGGUUACUCAUGGCGCUCGGGCGCAAAGGUGGAGCAGCUGAUGUUGAAGCAAUGGUUCUUCCGCAUCACUGCCUUCAAAGAAGCAUUGCUGAAAGACCUGGAUACACUCGCAGGUGGUUGGCCGGAACGUGUGCUAUCAAUGCAGAGACAUUGGAUCGGACGGUCGACAGGGGCUAAAAUUAAAUUUCCGCUUACCCUUGAUGCGUCGAACAAAGUCGAUGUAGAAGUCUUCACCACUCGCCCGGACACGCUGUACGGUGUCGAGUAUCUUGCGCUAUCCCUGGACCACCCAAUUGUCGUGAAGGCUGCCGAGAGAGAUCCUGGCCUGCGCAAGUUCUUAGACGAAGCGGCCGACCUGCCAUCAGAUUCAAAGGCAGGCUAUAAGUUGCGUGAUGUCAAUGCCAAUAACCCGUUGCAUAUUAUCGACAAGGAGAGUCCAGAGAUUUCGAGACCGCUCCCUGUCUUCGUCGCACCCUACGUGCUUAGCGGUUAUGGCGAAGGCGCUGUUAUGGGGGUACCGGCUCACGACACAAGGGACAUGGCUUUCUUCAAAGAGAACGUGAAACCAGAGUUCAUCUCGGUAGUCGUUGAGCCAGAGUCCACUAUUGGGACUGGUGAAGAGACUAGUACCAACACCGUCCCUGCGGAAGGCGCUAAAGCUUUUACGCAGGAGGGGUUCCUUACUGCGAAGUGCUGGAAGUAUAAAGGUCUACAUUCCAAGGAGGCAGCCAAACAAAUCGUUACUGAUCUCAAGCAAAUCGGCCGGGGCGAUUUUUCUGAGACAUGGAGACUGCGCGACUGGUUGAUCAGUAGGCAGCGGCAUUGGGGAACACCGAUCCCUAUAAUCCACUGCGGUGAUUGCGGUCCUGUCCCAGUCCCAGUCGAGCAAUUACCAGUCGAAUUGCCUCGUAUUGAAGGAGAUUGGUUGAAAGGCAAGAAGGGCAAUCCCCUAGAAUCAGCAGAGGAAUGGCUCCAUACCGAGUGCCCAAGCUGUGGAAAACCAGCGAAGCGAGAUACUGAUACCAUGGACACUUUUGUCGAUUCUUCUUGGUACUACUUGAGAUACCUUGAUUCCAAGAAUGAAGAGCUGCCCUUCUCGCCUACUGUAGCUCGUCCGGUUGAUAUCUAUAUCGGCGGUGUCGAGCAUGCUAUCCUCCAUCUCCUGUACGCUCGAUUCAUCUACAAAUUCUUGGCCCAGUCAGAGCUAUUCCCUGAGAUUGCCAAAUUGGGCACCAUCGCAGAACAACCAGCAGAGCCUUUCCGGACACUACUCUCACAGGGUAUGGUUCACGGGAAGACUUAUACGGAACCCUCGACGGGCCGAUUCCUUCACCCAUCGGAGGUAGACCUGACGAAGCCAGACAAGCCCGUCAUCAAGGGCACCGAUAUUACCCCUAAUGUUUCUUUCGAGAAAAUGUCCAAGAGCAAGCAUAAUGGCGUGGACCCCACUGUUUGCACAGGCAGGUAUGGCGCAGAUGCGACCCGUGCCCAUGUCCUCUUCUCCGCUCCUGUGAGUGAGGUCCUCGAGUGGGACGAGACCAAAAUUGUUGGUAUCGAGCGCUGGUUCGUUAGGCUGUGGAAAUUUGUGCUCGACGCUCGUGAGAACCUUGCCAGAGCUUCGUUUACUGUGUCUGAGAACGACCUCACCUCAGGCCAUGCGGUUUCUCUGCCGCUCCCUCUUCAGCUGUCAGACAGCGAUGCGGACGCCAUUCUUUCUACCCACAACACCAUCUCUUCUGUCACGAAUUGCAUCGAAAAUAACCCCUACGGCCUUAAUACUGUCAUCUCAGACCUUACAAAACUCACAAACGCCUUGUCCUCAUCCCCACCGGCUUCCUCAUCAGUCCUCUAUCUGACCGUCUCUUCCCUCCUCCGGCUCCUCGCUCCUGUUGCUCCGGGGCUGUCUUCCGAGUCAUGGGAAGCUCUCCAUGCUCCUCUCCUGCAAGAAGCAGACGCUGUCGUGCCUUCAAUCUUCUCCGCAUCUUGGCCCACGCAGCUCCUUACCUCCGCCGACGCGGCUACACUCGCUGCUCGCGGCGGCCAGACAGUUGCUGUCCAAAUCAACGGAAAGCUGCGCUUCACCGCAACCAUCCCUAGAAUGCUGUCACCGAGCAGCGCACCCACGCCUGAGCCGGCUACUACUGGCGACUCCACCGUACACGGCGCGGAGCAGGACCCCGCGGCGGAAGAACAGAACUGGAUUAUCUCCCACAUCCUGGAAACAGACGAAGGCAAGCUGUGGCUGACAGAGAAGAACGACUGGGAGAAGAGGAGAAGGGUGAUUGUCGUCAAGGGUGGAAAAGUGGUAAACAUUGUAUUCUAGAGUAGAAAUGGGAUUCCGUCGAAAUGUCGGCUGAUGGUUUCCCUUGUAUCAUAUCAUGUAGAUGAAGCCUGCAUCAUGUAUGUAGCUGAUGUAUUAUAUAGAAGACCACGUUGGAUAUCCCCGCUUAUAAUGCAGUCAUGGAAUAGAAUUUGAAAUAUUA